GCGCGAGAACCUGGAAGAAGGUGAUGUGUUGUUAGAUUUCUCAAGGCAAGAUGUCGGGCCACGAUCAGUUGGUCCUCUGUUUGUGUGAAUUAACAAGGUUGCUGUGGAAGUUGCUGCUGCCCCUGGUGUUUCUGUGUGUGCUGCUGAUCGCUGUCCUGGUCCUGCUGGUGCUGGCGGUGCGCUUCUGGCUUCAAAGCAGCAGGAACGCUCGGAGGGCGAGGGACGGCCGUCCCAUGGUGGCCUUCUUCCACCCCUACUGCAACGCUGGUGGUGGGGGAGAGAGGGUGCUCUGGUGUGCUAUCAGGGCGCUGCAGAGCAGGUACGUGGACAUCAACUUCGUGGUGUACACGGGGGACCUGGGUGUGACGGGACAGCAGAUUCUGGAUGGUGCGCGACGGCGCUUCAACAUCACGCUCCCCCGCCCGGUUCAGUUUGUGUUCCUGAGGCACCGGCUGCUUGUGGAGCCGGGCCUUUUCCCUCACUUCACCCUGCUGGGACAGAGUGUGGGCUCCAUCUUCCUGGGAUGGGAGGCGCUGACAGAGCUUGUCCCAGACAUUUACAUCGACUCCAUGGGCUACGCCUUCACCCUUCCCCUGUUCCGCUACUUGGGGGGCUGCAGCGUGGGGAGUUACGUUCACUACCCCACCAUCAGCACUGACAUGCUGUCUGUGGUGAGAGAGAGGAACCCCAGGUUGAACAACCCAGACUACAUCUCCAACAGUCUCUUCCUGAGUGCCUUCAAGGUGGUCUACUACUGCCUGCUUGCCCUGCUCUACGGCUUGGCCGGCUCCUGCAGCGACCUCAUCAUGGUGAACUCCUCCUGGACCCUCGAUCACAUCCUGUCACUGUGGCGCGCUCCCAACCGCACCAGCGUGGUCUACCCACCCUGCGACGUCAGCGCGUUCUUGGACGUCCCGCUGGAGGAGGACGGGGACAGGAAGUGCCACUCGAUCGUCUCUAUCGGGCAGUUCAGGCCGGAGAAGGACCACCGGCUGCAGAUCAGAGCUUUCAAGAAGGUGUUAGACAGGAGGAGGGAGGGGGCGGGGGGCAGGGAGGCCCUGAAGCUGGUUCUGAUUGGUGGAUGCAGGAACCAGGAAGACGAGGACAGGGUGCUCAUGUUGAGGGGGCUGUGCCAGGAGCUGGGUGUGGCCGACAGAGUGGCGUUCAAACUGAACGUGCCCUUCGAGGAGCUGAAGAGAGAGAUAGCAGACGCCACCAUCGGACUGCAUACCAUGUGGAACGAACACUUUGGAAUAGGCAUCGUGGAGUGUAUGGCAGCAGGGAAGGUCAUUCUGGCACACAAGUCCGGCGGACCCAAGCUGGACAUUGUGGUACCUUUCGAGGGAGGCCAGACGGGCUUCCUGGCUGAUGACGAGGACAGUUACGCGGAGGCCAUAGAGAGGAUCCUGGCGCUGCCGCCCGCCAGCCGGCUGCACAUCAGACGCAACGCACGUCAGUCCGUGGCUCGCUUCUCAGACCAGGAGUUUGAAGCCUGCUUCCUUGCUGCUAUGGAGCCUCUUAUGGGAACUCUUGAACGAUGAGAAGAGGACUCAUUCUUUGUGUGUGUGUGCAUGUACAGUUAACGUCACAGUGGCUAUUUGACACUUUGAGCACCUUUACUUUGAUGCACUUAGGGCUGCAUUGCAAUGUAGAACGGUUGACAAAUUGCUGAUUAAAACGGAUGCAGUGAUCCCUCACACGGAAGGUUGUUGAAAUCAAACACUGCGCUUUGUUUGCGUUUGUAAUAACUCUUCGUACAGUUUAGAGGAAGUUUGCCUCAUGUGUUUAGUGAAAAUCCUGCCGCAGAACAUUGUGUAAUUCUUAGUUGUAUUUGUAAAUACCAAUAUCCUGAGCAAUGACAUUUUUUCAGUAUGCAUUCCUUUGUCAGUAGUGUCAGUCUAAUUCAAAAGAGAUGUAUUAUAUUUAGUGAAAAUGGCUGAGACAGCUGUAAAAUGUAACGGGAUAUAUUUAUUGUUUACAAGAACUAGAAUUCUCUACAUGCCCAAAAUGGGAAGUAUUUUUGAUAUUGAUGAAUGUAAUAAAGCUGUGAUGAGAGUAAAGAAUUGUCGCAUUGAUGUAGUUUGUCAACGGAUGGAUUAAUUGUUCACGUCUAUAAAACGUCUUCCACCAACAGUCCAAAAGCCAAAGAUAUCCAAAUUACUAUCGUAGAAGUAAAGCAAAUAUUCACAUUUCAGCAUUCUACAGAGAUAAGACCUCAUCUGCAAUGAGCUUUCAUUUUCUAGGCACAUUGUAUUUGUUGAUUUAAACUAAUUAAAAUACUUUAUGUAAAUGCCUAAAGUUUCCUAAGAAGCUGCUGAAUGAAUUGGAUUUAACUCAAUAAAUCUGAUUUGAGCAGUAUACUAUAGAGGGUGUGAAUGAAAGCAAUCUGUUCUGAAUUCUUACAGUGCUCAUGUUUUUUGGG